AUGCUUUAAAGGUCCUCGUAUACUCACCAUUUAAUAAAUGAAGGGUAACAAAAGAUCACUUUGAAAAAGUUAGUCAAAUUCACACACUAUGAAACCAUCUUCAAAUUUGUUUUCUUUCUCGUCUUAAUUGUUAUUUCCCUUUAUAGUUAUGAUAUCAUAUAGUUCCAGCAAUUCCUGUAAGAGAAGAACUUCAGAAGAUUUGAUUGGAGAGAUCUUAAAUGGCUUUUUGUUGGAUUGAUUUUGAUACAUAUUACAAAAGAAAUAAAUAAGAGGGCUGUGACAGGUUUUGUGGAAAGAUAACUAGAUUCAAAAUAUAUAGGAGCUGAUCGAUAGAUUAGAGUACAAAAAAUAGUGAAAUGGAUUUAUGACACAGUAUACUACUCUAGUGCAACUCUCUUUGCAUUCUUUGCUUUUCGAGAUGAAAAAUGGUUCCCCAGAGAAUUUGGAGGAUCUAAUUUUAAGGAGACUUUAUAUGAUUUUCCUAACAUUCCUGAAAAUUCUUGGGUUCCAAUUUAUUAUAUGGUCUAGGCAUCAAGUCAUGUUCAUGCCUUGUUGUUACUAAUGAUCUACGGUACAAAAAUAGAACUGAAGUAUUGGGAAUACUUAUUACACCACUCUCUUGCUGUUAGUUUACUUUACUUUUCAACAAUGUACAACUGCGAGAAUAUUGGGAUCGUUGUUCUGGUACUCCACGAUAUCAGUGACAUAUUCUUGGCCUUAGGUAGAGCAUAUGCGGAUCUUGGUAAGACUAAGAUCUUAGUGUAUCUUGGAUUCUCAUCAAUAUAGGUAUCUUGGUUGUACACAAGGGUUUAUGUAUUCCCAAUCAAGAUUUAUGAUUGUAUGGUCAACCAUCCGUAAUUCUUGCCGUAUUGGGAACAAACAAAGCAUGCCUAUUACAAUUAAAUCGGUCUAAUGGUGUUGCUGCUUGGAAUGCAUAUUUAUUGGACAAUAUUUAUGGUUAAAGUGGGAUUGGGCAUUUUCUCUUCUGGUCGAUAUAAGAAUAUUUACGAUAAUAGAGAGAAUAAAUUGGAUCAUAAGAAAGAAAAUUGA